CGCUUCAAAGUUCAAACAGAAAAGAAAAAAAAGAAAUGUGCAGGGGUACGUUGGUCAAUUUGUUUCCCUACUAUACAAUUCUCCUAAAAACCCUUCUUGAACCCCAAACAACCCUGGCAAAGAACCACCAAGUCGCCGUUGCCAAACUUCCGGUGACAUAACCUCCGUUUAAUCCAAAUACCGAAAUACCGAUAUGUCAGCUAAAUGGAGAGCCUUACAGCAUCGUCAUCGUUACACCUACAGUGCCGUAAUAUUUCCCAAAAAUUUCAGUGACGCAUUUCAUCAAACACCUUCCACUCACUUCUACACCGAACUCAAACACUUCACCUCCUUAUCAUCCACAUACUCUCAGCUCACUCACGCUAAGAACCUCGCUUCAGCUUUCGCCGAAUUACUCUCAAACCCCAAUGCUGACGUGUCAUCUAUCUCUACAGCUUCCAGAUUUUACCUAGAAAUUCUCUUUCUAGAAAAUUCACAGCCAUUGCAUAGAACUUUACUCUCCGUGCUUGUCAAAUGCAAGAAUUUUCAUAACUUAAUUCAAAACUGUUUUCGUGAACUUUGCGAAGAAUAUGGCGAUAAAGGAAAGAGAUUUUGUGUUUCUAGAGCAGCGUUGUCUAUGAUGAGCACACCGAAAUUAGGGUACUUAGUUGAAAUUGUUGAAGAAUGUGCGGUUUUGGUUAGUUUAAAUGUUGUAUUAGGGUUAAGCGAGGUAUUAGAAGAGUUGAAGAAUUAUUCUAGACCGUCACCUAUCGUAAUGGAACAAUGCAAUGAAGCACUUUCGUGUAUGUAUUACUUGCUUCAACGAUUUCCUUUGAAGUUUGUUAAUGCUGCAGGUGAUAAUUGUGUUUUUCUGGAGAGAAUAUUGAUUACUGUUUUGAGUAUUUUGAGAUCAGAAUCAUUUUCUAGGGAUUGUUUAGUGGCUGCAGGGGUGAGUUUUUGCGCAGUGUUACAGGUUUGUCUUAGUCCUCAAGAGCUUGGAUUGUUUAUUAUGGAAGGAAUUUUUAAUGAGAGUGAAAUUGUGUAUGAUGAGUUUGAAUUUAAGGAUGUAGUUGAUAAAAUCCCGUUUAAGGGCGAUUUGAUUGGUGAAUUAAGUAAGUUUUUGUCGUUGAGCAGACUUUGUUUGAUUCGAGGUAUCUUAACUGCAGUCUCGAGGACAGUAUUGAAUAUUGGAUUUCUUAUAUCAAAUGAUAACGAGGAAUCAAUCAAGAUGAUUCUUUAUGAUGGGAUAUUGCCUGAGCUUUGUAAUUAUUGUGAGAAUCCAAUUGACAGUCACUUCAAUUUUCAUGCUCUGACUGUGAUGCAGAUUUGCCUGCAGCAGGUUAAAACGUCGAUGUUAGAUAAGAAUGGAAGUCGUGAAAUAAAUUAUGAUCCCAUUUCUGAGGACAUUGGGACACGGUUGUUGCAAAUAGUGUGGAAUAAUUUGGAAGAUCCUCUGAGCCAAACGGUCAAACAAGUGCAUCUUAUUUUUGAUCUCUUCUUAGACAUUCAGGCCAGUCUGCACUGGGUAGAGGGUAGUGAUACAUUCAAAUUGUUCAUGAGGAAGGUUGCUUUUGAUCUUCUUCGCCUGGGACCACGUUGUAAAGGAAGAUACGUUCCUUUAGCAUCCCUUACCAAGAGGCUGGGCGCAAGGACACUUUUAAGUAUGAGACCAGAUCUGUUGUUUGAAACGAUAAAGGCAUACAUUGAUGAUGACGUGUGCUGUGCUUUAACAACAUUCCUCAAGUGUUUCCUUGAGUGUUUGCGUGAUGAGUAUUGGAGUAGUGAUGGUGUUGAAAGGGGGUACAACAAAUAUAGAGGUCAUUGCCUGCUUCCACUUUUGUCUGGCCUAGUUUCUGGACAUUCAAAACUCCGCUCAAAUCUUAACACCUAUGCACUGCCAGUAGUUCUUGAACUGGAUGUUGAUGCUAUAUUUCCUAUGCUUGCUUUUAUUGGCAUUGGAUGUGGUGGGGACAGUGGUGAAGUAUUUCUUACUGAGCUGGAUUUUAGGGGUGUGACUCCUGCGCUUGAAGAGCGCGUGGCUGUUUUAGUUUCAUUGUUUAAGGUUUCUCGUUUACUUGCUUUGCUGGAAGGGGAUAUUGAUUGGUCUAAUAAUUCUUUGUCAUCCACGGAGGACAUGGAGCAGAACAUGGAAAAUAGAGAUGCUGUUGCCUGCAUUAAGGAGAUUGAGAUUAAAGUCCCAGUGAAAUAUCUGGUUUUGGCACUUACCCAUAUUGAUGAGUCGCUUCGGAUUGAUGCAGCAGAAUCUCUGUUCAUAAAUCCAAAGACCGCAAGUUUACCAUCGUCAUUGGAACUCAGUCUGAUGAAGGUAGCAGUUCCUUUGAACAUGAGAUGUUGCUCAACUGCUUUCCAGAUGAAGUGGACAAGCUUAUUUAGGAAGUUCUUUUCCCGGGUUCGAACAGCAUUGGAGAGGCAGGUUAAGCAGGGAGGUUGGCAACCCCUUGCACAUAAAGACACAAGGAGAAAUUCUGUUGCCAAAGGAACAGGGGACGCGUUUGAAGACAGGGCAGAUGAACUUUUUAACUUUAUGAAGUGGUUGAGUUGCUUUCUGUUCUUUUCGUGCUACCCAUCUGCUCCAUAUGAGAGAAAGAUAAUGGCAAUGGAGCUUUUAUUGAUAAUGCUAAAUGUUUGGUCUAUUGUGCUUUCUACAGAAGGAAACACUGAUGCUGUUUCUCCCCAAUUCUGUCUUUAUCCCUACAAUAAGGGGCUUCUUUUACCUGAAUCAACUCUGUUGCUGGUUGGAUCAAUUGUUGAUAGCUGGGACCGACUUAGAGAGAGUUCUUUUCGUAUUCUGCUGCAUUUUCCUACCCCUCUUCCUGGAAUUGAUAGCCAGGACAGGGUUAGUGAAGCAAUUGUUUGGGCUAAGAAGCUAGUCUGUAGUCCACGUGUGAGAGAGAGUGAUGCUGGAGCUUUGACCUUACGACUUAUAUUCAGAAAGUAUGUUUUGGAUCUUGGUUGGGUUGUUAAUGCCUCAUCUAACGAUGUCUCUCCACAACCACUGUUGAAGCUGCUAAAUGGGGAGAAUAAGGCUUGUAAGUUUGCACCUCCAGCAAUAGAGUAUUUAAGAUCACUGAUUGAUUGGUUGGAUGCGGUUGUUCAGGUUGGAGAGAAGGAUCUCUCAGAAGCAUGUAGGGACAGCUUUGUUCAUGGUGCUUUGCUUGCUCUUCGAUAUACUUUUGAGGAACUGGACUGGGAUUCGGAUGCAGUAGUCUGCAGUAUAUCCGAAAUGAAAGUGGUAUUGGAGAAGAUAUUGGAGUUGGUCAUGCGGAUAACUUCAUUGGCCCUUUGGGUGGUAUCUGCUGAUGCCUGGUACUUACCUGAUGAUAUGGAGGAAAUGGAUGAUGAUGCUCUUUUGUUAGAGGUUCCUCAUGAGAUGGAUGAGUCCCUAUCUACCUCAGCCAAGGUAGAAAAUACAAAAGUGGUGCCGGAUGGCAGGCAAACUGAGCAGAUAGUUAUGGUUGGUUGUUGGCUUGCUAUGAAAGAGGUGAGCCUUCUUUUGGGAACAAUAAUAAGAAAGGUUCCUUUACCUACUUCAGAUGUUUCUGAAUCAGGUUUUCAAGCUGUUCAUGAAACUGAGUUAUCCAAUAUGACGUCUGGCGCAAUGCUUGAUCUGAAACAACUCGAGGUAAUUGGCAACCAUUUCUUGGAAGUCCUUUUGAAAAUGAAGCAUAAUGGUGCUAUUGAUAAGACAAGGGCUGGAUUUACUGCUCUUUGCAAUCGAUUACUUUGUUCGAAUGAUUCAAGACUUUGUAAGUUGACUGAGUCUUGGAUGGAGCAACUUAUGGAACGAACAGUAGCCAAGGGACAAACAGUGGAUGAUCUCCUAAGGAGAAGUGCUGGUAUUCCUGCAGCAUUUAUUGCUUUCUUCCUUUCAGAGCCGCAGGGCACACCAAAAAGGCUUUUGCCUAGGGCAAUACGAUGGUUAAUAGAUGUUGCUAAUAAGUCUUUAACAGAUCAUACUGAAACAAACAGUUUCAGUGCUGAUGCCUGCAAUGGUUUUGUGGAGGCAAAAAGUCCAGCUAAUUUUUCUGAAGUUGCCCCUGAUAUAUAUGAGGCUGAAAGGAUUUCGAAGAAUCGAGAUGAGGGUGUUGUUCCUACUGUGCAUGCUUUCAAUGUCCUUAGAGUUGCUUUUAAUGAUACCAACCUAGCAACUGAUACGUCGGGUUUUUCUGCUGAGGCUUUGAUUAUCUCGAUACGGUGUUUCUCUUCUCCACACUGGGAGAUACGGAACAGUGCCUGUCUUGCUUAUACUGCUUUGGUUCGUCGCAUGAUUGGAUUUCUGAAUGUACACAAGCGAGCAUCAGUCAGGCGUGCUAUAACAGGGCUUGAAUUCUUUCAUAGGUACCCUCCCUUGCAUUCGUUCUUAUUUAAUGAGCUAAAAAUUGCAACUGAGUCACUUUUGGACGGAUCAUCUGAACAUUUACGGUCCAGCAUGGCUAAAGUUGUGCACCCCAGCUUAUGUCCAGUCCUGAUACUCUUAUCUCGACUCAAACCUUCUCCAAUUGCAAGUGAAGCUGGAGAUCCCCUGGAUCCUUUCCUGUUCAUGCCACUCAUCAGGAAAUGCUCAGUCCAGAGCAAUCUUCGUAUUCGUGUUUUUGCUUCAAGAGCUCUAACAGGUUUAGUGUCUAAUGAAAAGCUUCCACUUGUCCUCCUAAAUAUUGCCUCUGAGUUACCAGGCGCUGGCGAGCACGUUGAGAAUUCUGACGUCUCUCUCUCUUCCAUUAGAGUAAAUAGCUCUUUUAAUUCACUUCAUGGGAUGUUAUUACAGUUGAACUCUCUUAUAGACACAAACUGCAGAGAUCUAGUUGAUGUUUCCAAAAAAGAUAAUAUUCUUGCUGAAUUGAUUCAUAUUCUUGCUUCACGCUCAUGGAUUGGGAGUCCUGAGCAAUGUCCUUGCCCAAUUAUCAACAGCUGCUUUUUGAAGGUGCUAGAUAGCAUGCUAAGUGUUGCAAGAACAUGUCAAAUGAGCAAAAAUAUUGAUGUCAUUUGGAACCUCCUUUGGAGGCUAUCUUCAGAAUGUUUAGAUUUAGGAGUGGUUUGUGCACCAACAUAUUUUGAUCCAACCAUCUCAGAACUUCGGAAGCAAGCUGCAAGUUCAUAUUUUAAUUGUGUUUACCAAACAUCUAAAGAAGUUGCUGAAGAGUAUCCGUUAAUACCAUCAGGAGGCCCUCCUUCUGGUUCAAACUUAUCAAAGAUAUCUGUAAAUGAAAUUUCUUUCAGCAGAUUCCAGGAAAGGCUAAUACGUUCGAUCUCUGACACUUCAUAUGAAGUUCGGAUUGCAACACUGAAGUGGUUUCUUUUAUUUCUCAAGUCACCAGAAUAUAAUGAGAUAAAGAGAAGUUGCUUCACCAGCGUCGAUCUCCAGACCAGUUUGAUGAAGCUUUUAACGUUGGACAAUAACCAUAAAUGUUUGAACUACAUUCUGAAGAUUAUCUACAGCUGGAGUCAGCAGGAGUAUCAUAAUAAUGGAGAAGAAUGUGCAGAUCCUAAGUUUUUUGGUGAUAUGGAUAGCGAGUCAGUGCUCCAGUUCUGGGACAAGGUGGUUUCCUUAUACACGGUCACUAGGCAUUCAAAGACUCGAGAGAUGCUUCUUUGUUGCAUGGGGAUUUGUAUAAAGCAAUUUGCUAGCUUGCUUCGUAUUUCAGUUAUAGAUUUGCAAAAUGUCAAAGCUGGUGAAUUUAACCCCCAUGAUCCAUCUGAUCCAUCUACAUUAUCUGUCUUUUACGAGUGCAUCAGCUAUUAUGUAGACCUAAUUGAACAACACACUGAUGCGUCAGAGCCUGUAAACAUGCGUAGGGCGGCUGCAGAGUCUAUGAUAGCAUCUGGUUUGUUGGAUCAAGCCGAAGUUAUUGGUCCUUCAGUCUACAAUAGCCAAAUUCCUGAUGGCAAUUUCUGCUCCUCGUUCAAGCAAGAAAAGGUGGUUAAUAUGUAUGCCCAUAAAAUCCUGGAUUUAUGGUUUUCAUGCAUUAGGCUUCUUGAGGAUGAAGAUGAGAAUCUUAGGAGAAAACUCGCCUUAGAUGUCCAGAAUUGUCUUGCAUCUAAAAGAUCUGAAAGAAGCUUCGUGACAGGAGUGGUCCCAAGCCAAGUAGAGCAAGUGAUUGAGAGGAGCUUCAAGCAUCUCUCAUCAAUUUUUGGUCACUGUCUUGACUACCUUGAUUUCCUUUGCCGCAGGGUUCUAGGUUCUGCUAACCAUCCUUGUUUUAUUUCCGAAGGAGAUCUUGUCAAACGUGUCUUUGACAAGGAGAUUGACAACCAUCAUGAAGAAAAACUGUUGAUCUGCCAGAUAUGCUGUUUUCAUUUGGAGAAGCUUCCAGCUUCAAGAUUUUUGUUAGUUGAACCCUGUAACGUACAUGAGGUGAAAGACUUUUUGCAGAACUGGAGAAGGAGGUUUGCGCAGAAGUUGGUACUAUUUGCCAAAGACUACGUUGUUGCACAGGGAGGCGCUGAUUGGAUUGGUGGGGUUGGUAACCAUAAAGAUGCCUUCUUACCUCUCUAUGCAAAUUUACUUGCCUUUUAUGCCUUGUCAAACUGUAUUUUUAAGGGGAAACCAGAAGAUAGAAAGUUGAUGCUCCCUGAAGUUCAAGAAAUUGGUGAGGCCAUACAACCGUUCCUUUCAAACCCAUUUUUAUCUAAUUUAUUCUCAUUGGUGGUUAAGUUACACGACAAGAUGAUCGGUGAAGGUUCGUGUGAUUUUAGCCAAAAGAUCAUUGAUGAGUCAGCUUGGGAUUCUUUUGAUCCUUAUUUUCUUCUAAGGUGAGUCUUGCUUUUGGGAUCACGGAUUAAUAGAAUUUUGUAUGAAAGUUGUAGCCUGGUCAUUGUAUACUAGCUAAUUGAUAUGUGUAAAACUGUUAUAAGGGUUGUGAUUCUUUUCGGGAGCUUAAGUAUGAUGAUCCCUAUUCUAGUUUUAUUGAUUAUUAUAGUUGUUUUUACGAUAGUUGGAAUUCUCAAGUGGUUAAAGUAGACAAUGAUGUAAACUGGUUUUUCCUUUCCCUUUUCUGUUCGAAAGGAUAAACUGGCUACUUUUCGUGAA